AGAGAGAGGGAGGGUUUCUGCUGUACUGAGGGGACGAGUGGGAUUCCCAUUUCUUUCUAUAGAGUAUCAUGACAAAGGUGACUUGAGGCAUACCAGAGAAGAGUGAAACUCCAUAUGCUGCCUGGAUAUCGACUAAUUCUUUCCACGAGGAUUUAUAGGAUCUAAAAUGGACUACGUUUGAAAAAAUAAAACAUCAUCUUUGGGAUUUACUGCAUUCGAUUUGGAUUUUAAGGAUUUAUCCGAUGGUCGACUUGUCAUGGAAGGUCUCGAAGCACUGAGUGAAAUGUCUUUGCUGAAAGUUUCUGCUGAGUGGAAGUGAUCCAGCAUGUAGCAGAGGUGAACAAGUCCCUUCACGCCUGGGAACAAUCAGACAACAUAAUGGGUAAUUCAUACGCCGGGCAGCUGAAGUCUGCUCGAUUCGAAGAGGCUCUCCAUAACUCUAUCGAGGCAUCACUGCGCUCUAGCAGCGGAGAUCCACAGCCCAUCUUCACGCAGCUCUACCUUGACCCGGAACCGUAUCCUGGUAACAUGGAAGACAUGAAGUCAAAAGCUGACCUUCAUGGAAGAGAGCCACCAGGCCACGAGCUCAUGAAUGGCCACUCGUCCAACGAUCUGGAGGAGCUGGAGGAGGACGACGACUCAGACAGCAGCAGCCCUCCACUUCCCUACCUACAGGCCCCUGCACCUGACGGCUGCUGCACACUAGAUGGGUUCUGUCAGGCUGGCAAGGACCUCCGGCUGGUCUCCAUAGCAACAGAGUCCAUCGAAGUCCCAGCAGGUUUCGAGCUGGUCGGUGCCAAGUCCCCCAGCAUCCCUGAGCACAUCCUGGUGUGCGCCGUGGACCGCCGCUUUUUGCCUGACGAAAAUGGGAAAAAUGCACUUUUAGGUUUCUCAGGAAACUGUGUGGGCUGUGGGGAAAAGGGUUUCAGAUACUUCACUGAGUUUUCCAACCACAUCAACCUGAAGUUAUCCACCCAACCCAAGAAGCAGAAGCACUUAAAAUACUACCUGGUGAAAAAUUCUCAGGGUGCUCUGUGCAAAGGACCCCUCAUCUGCUGGAAAGACUGUAAAACCCGUCAGUUCUCCAGCAGCGCAUCAACGUCCAAACCCAGCUCGUCCUCCUCUCUCAGCAGUAAAGAAAAUGGAGGCACCAGCGGACACAGCUCCUCUCCUUUUUCCCUCUCAGAUUCUCCACCAACCAGGACGACUCAAGGAUCCUCUGUCUUUUUUGGGAAUCAGGACCUCGGCAGAGACUGCAGUUUCCUCAAACCUCUGGCGUCCACACCUGGAAACAAGACUCUACCAAUAGUACCUACAGCUCUGAGGGUGAAUGGACCGACCAAUGGUCUAGGUGUUGAUGGACGUCCCCCCUUACUGAGCCCUUCCCAGGUCUCUUUAGGGCCUCAAGGUCAGGGGUACCGUACUGCUGACUUAGGAGACAGUCCUGUAUCCUCUGCCAUGAACUCGGGGCCUCCGAAGAAGCGCCACCGGAGCUGGCAUCCCAGCUCGUUGGUACCUGUCCCACCAACAGCCGUUCCUGUUCCAGCCAUCCGGCCGAUAGUUUGUUCUCCAGGUUCUGUACUAGGAGUGUCCCCUCCUCAGCAACCGGUAGCCGGAGUGAUUCAGCCCCAACCUGUCACCGCCGGAGAGACAGUCAUCGUCCCUGACAACCUGCUCAACUCUUCAGGAGUUCGCCCUGUCAUCCUCAUCGGGCAUGGCACUUUACCUUAUUUCUAUGGGAAUGUUGGGGAUAUAGUGGUGAGCCCCCUGCUGGUCAGCUGCUAUAAGAGCAGCCAGCUGACAGAGAAAACCCUGGAGACACUGGGCCUCAACAGCAGCCAGCUUCUCUGUGUGGAGACGAUGAUUCUACUCACUUUACAGUAUCUUGCACGUUUAGGCUCGGAGCAGAUUCCUCUGAGGGAGGAGCUGGAGCAGAUAGUUUUGAAGGCCAUGUUGUGCUGUCCAAGGGGACCAGCAAUCUCCCCGUCCCAGCUCCCCUGGUUGGCUCGACUGGAAGCCAGCGUCUCUGGGGGUAGCGUCCAAGUCGUGGUUACCCAUAACUCUUUGGGUGAAGGCAUCUCUGAGUCGCUACGUUCUCUCAGUGAAGGUCCUCACCAACAGCAGUGCCUGCCCACAUAUGUCAUCAUUAUAUGUGCCUCUAAAAUGAGCGGAAACGAGUUCUGCGUGCUUGUUUUAGGAAAAUACCAAGCGAGGGCCUUAGCUGAAGGCAUGCUUACAACCAAUGAGUUUCUAAAGGAAAUCAGCUACGAACUCAUCACAGGGAAAGUCAGCGUCUUGGCGUCUCACUUCAAAACCACGUCACUAGGGGACAAUCUGGACAAGCAGCUGGUGCGAUAUCAGCACCGACGGAAGGGACAGGUCAUCCAGCCCUUUCAGGGGGAUGUCACUGACUACAUCCACUCCCAGGAGGCUGCCAGUAUGUCACCACCCUCUGACAGAGCGGAGCUGUUCAGUAAAGUCUUUCAGAUCUAUCCGACUCAGCUGAGCGUGGCUCGGAGCCUCCUCUCCCAAGUCUGCUCCAUCGCCGACUCAGGGACCCAGAAUCUUGAUUUGGGGCGUUUUUGUAAAGUGGACUUUCUUGUUUUGGUCCCUCCAUCUCACGUUCUGGUACACCAGACAGCACAGCGCAUCCGACAAUCAGGAGUGCUUGUGGACCUGGGAAUCGAAGACGCCUCCACAGCCCAUCAGAAAUCAGACAAGUACGUGGUGCGUUUGGACGGUGACGUUCAUGUUAAGAUGGAAGCCUUCAUGAGGAAAGUCAAACAAAACCCCUACACUCUGUUUGUCCUCAUUCACGACAACUCACACGUCGAUCUCACAAGUGCUCUGUCAGGCUCUGUGUGCCACGGGGAGCUGCAAGGGUUGGCAGACCGGGUGGUGAACUGCCAUGAAGUCCUAGAUGCCAUGAACCUCCUGGUCCUGCAGGUCAGCUGUUUCCCAUUCACGCUGCAAACCCACCAGUCUCGCAUCAGCAUCCACAACGAAGUUCACUGGCCCUCCAGCGAAAGUCUGCAGGGGGAGCAGUCUCCCAGUGAUUUGGUGUACUUUGGCCUGAGGGACUACAGCAGUUCCCUGCAGUGGGGCGUGGCGAGCCCUAUUCUACGCUGUGAUGAUGCGUUUGAAAAGAUGGUCCACACUCUGCUGGAAAGACAUCCACACCUACACAGCAUGGUGAUCCGGAGCUACCUGCUGAUUCAGCAGUACACUGAGGCCAUGAUGGCCCUGACCUCUUCACCCUCCCUGAGAGACCACAUAACCCCAGAGACCCUGGCCAUGGUGGAGGACCUGAUUAACGCCCCGAGCAGAGAGGGCUCGCAGGGCCGGGGCCACAUGCUGCUGGUUCGAGUCCCCUCUCUACAGCUGGCGAUGCUUGCUCGGGAGCGACUGGAGGACGUGAGGGACAAACUUGGGCUCCAGUUGUGCUUUGCCGUGCUGCUGGGAAGCCCAGCGACUGAACUCAACCUGGCUAGAAACUUCACCAACCGCCUCAAGGCGUGGAGAGGCUGUGAGAAUGAAGACUGGGUACCGCACACUUAUGAGGAUCUGGAAGGGCUACCCUGCAUCGUCAUCCUUACGGGGAAGGACCCUCUUGGAGAAACUUUCCCCAGGUCUCUGAAAUACAGCGACCUGCGUCUGAUAGACUCCAGCUACUUGACUCGUACAGCCCUAGAGCAGGAGGUGGGUCUGGCCUGCACAUAUGUAUCCAUGGGUGUGGUUCAGGAGCCCACUAAGGUCAUGGGCCAUCGGGAAUCGGAUGGAGAAAAGGCCACCACCAGCUUGACUGAUGGAGAUGAGCUGGAAAGACCUCAGAGCAACGGCAGCGCCGCAACCAGAACCUCUGGCUCCCUGGCAGAAAACAAUGUUACUUCAUCCGACGUUGCCGACUCCUUCCAGAAGCCCUCCACCUCCACCUGCCCAACCGAAGGUGUCAUCAGUUCGGACGUGGGCACAAUAACGCAAGGGUUCAAGCAGGAGUGCGACUCCCUGGGCAGCCAGUUCUCCACCAACUCCUCCAAAGCCUCCAAGGCCCCUCCCUCUAUUUACUCAAGUUCCUCCUCUUCCUCUCCCUCCCCGUCUUCCUCCUCCACCCAGAGGCCCAGCCAGUCCACACAGUGCGGCCGAGAACCUAAACCCACCCGGGUGUCACCGCCGACAGUCAUUAUGUCGCGGGCGGCGUACAAUCUGCUGUCGGGGGAGUCGGGGAGUCAGCUGAGCUCCUACUCCCUGCUGCCUCAUGCAGAUGUGGCCUGGAGCAGCCCGCUGAGGCCCCUUAUCACUCACAACCUGCAGGGGGCAGAGCAGAGCAUGUAUUACCGGCAGUGGACAAUCACCAGGCAGCAUCACGCCGAUUAUGAAGCUCCACCUGUGCCACAUCCACGACGCUUACUGCUCAGUGGACCCCCACAGGUGGGAAAGACUGGUGCUUAUCUGCAGUUUCUUCGCAUCCUGUUUCGAAUGCUCAUCAGACUGUUGGAGGUAGAUGUGUAUGAUGAGGAGGAGGAAGAAGAAGAAACAUCAGAGGUUACAACUCCAGUAAAUACCCAGUGGCCUGACAUUGAGGAAGUUCGAAAGCUGCCCUUUGACCCUUACCCCCGGGAUCCUAAGUUCAGGAAGGCCAGCCCUGUUUACGCUGACAAGAUGCCAAAGUGCUUAAAAGAUUUUAAGCACGGAGAGAGCCAAACACCAGCCAAACGAGAGACCAAAUCCAUACGUCUGAGCAGGUUUGCCGCCCACAAUGCCUUUCAUCACUGCGAGCAGUGUCACCACUACUGUGAAGCAGGCCCUGCCACACAGCUGUCGGAGUGCACCUUCCAUGCUUUCACCUUCUGCUCAUCUAUGCUGGGGGAGGAGGUCCAGCUCCAGUUUGUCAUUCCAAAAGCCAAGGAGAAGCACUUUGUCUUCAGUCAGCAGGGGAGCCAUUUAGAGAGCAUGCGACUGCCUCUUGUCUCCACUAAGGACCCUGAUCUCUUAAAGAGUCCGAUCUUCACCCCGACUACGGGACGCCAAGAGCAUGGCCUGCUCAACAUUUACCACGCCAUGGAGGGCGCCACUCAUCUGCACGUUUUGGUGGUCAAGCAAUUUGAGAUGCCCCACUACAGGAAGUACUGGCCCAACCAUAUCCUGCUUGUCCUGCCAGCUAUGUUCAACAACGCAGGAGUUGGUGCUGCACGCUUCAUGAUCAAAGAGCUGUCAUACCAUAACCUCGAGCUGGAGAGAAACCGACUGGAAGAACAAGGUGUCAAGAGACAAGAUGUAUGGCCUUUCAUUGUCAUGAUGGACGACUCCUGCGUGCUGUGGAACAGCCACCAUACAGCAGACAGCAGUGAGACGUCAGAUGGAGGCUCAAACCUACCUAACAAUGUGUCCCUGAAGACGGUGCUGCAGCAUAUGGAAACUACACCAAAGAUCUCCCUGUACGCAAUGUGCGGCACACGCAAGUGGAGCAGCAACCUGGCUCGCAAGUCUGCCAGCCAGCCCUUCAGUCGGUGUCACCUCCAUGACUUUGUCAUGCUCAAUGUUGACCUGACGCAGAAUGUUCAAUAUGACCUUAAUCGGUAUAGCUGUGAGGAGGUGGACUUUAAUCUAAGGGUGAACAGCAGUGGACUGCUGCUGUGUCGCUUCAACUACUUCAGCCUCAUGAAGAAACACAUUCCAGUCGGGGGAAACAAAGACUUCCUGGUCAAACCUAAACUCAUGGAAAUAGAAAACCCCGCCCCAAUCAGCCCGGCCCAGUAUGUUUGUGCCCCAGACAGUGAGCAGACCCUCCUGGAUGCCCCGGCCCAGUUCCUCUUUGAAAGGUUCCUGCAAAGCUGCAGCCACAGACUCUUUCCAAAGGCUGUUCAGAACAGAAACAACCCAGUUCUGUCCAUCGACAGCUACCUCAACAUCAGCCCGGAGAUUUCUGUGUGCUACAUCAACUCUCGUCCACACUCCACCAACCUGAACCACCAGGGCCUGCUGUUCAGUGGCCUGCUGCUUUACCUCUGUGACUCCUUCGUCGUCUCCGGACUCCUCAAGAAAUUCCGCUUCCUCAAAGGUGCAACUCUAUGUGUGAUUAGCCAGGACCGAAGUUCCCUUCGCCAAACCAUCGUCCGGCUUGAGCUGGAGGACGAGUGGCAAUUCCGUCUGCGGGACGAGUUCCAGACAGCCAACUGCAGCGAGGACCGGCCCCUUUACUUUUUGACUGGCCGCCAUGUUUGAACCUAAAAACGCCUUGGGUCCAAAGCUCUGCUGCAGAAACACAAUCAGAAAUAAAGGAUAGAUUCGAUUCCAAACCAGCCAGCAAUCACAAUUCUUGCCAUUCCAUUGGAAGGUCAAAAGGGGAUCUGCUGGUGCACAAGAUCCAAAGUGCCCCACAGGUGGACACAUGACCGCCUAACAUGGCUUUCCCUCCAUCUGUACUACCGCAGUGCACCGUGCCUGGCUCUGAAGAGGGUCAGCGCAUGUUUUAAACUCUCGCUUGUAGCUUGAGCUUGUGUUCUACUGAAAAGAGACUUUGCUGUGGAAAAAAA